AGGGACGAAUCGUGAUCGUCGUUGUCGAAAGUAAAUCCGGCUUCUCUGUCUGUUAAUUUUUCUUCUGGGCUUGAUGCAUGUUCAUUUCAUCGGUUGAAAGGGUUCGAUUGUGGGGUUUAAAUAGAAUUAGGGUUUGAAAUGGGAUUGGGGAUUUCAAUCGAAUUAGGGUUUUUGUCUGGGUUUGUAAUUUUCUUAUUUUCGAGGCGAUGUUGUGUUGUUAUUGACGCGAUUCCAGGUUCUGGAUUGAGUAAAUGGGAUUGGGGAUUUUAUUCGAAUUAGGGUUUUCUUCUGCGUUUGCUAAUUUGUUCUUUUAGAUAGGAUUGUUUGUUGUUCUCGUCGGGAAUGAAAUCGAAAUAGGGUUUUGUUCUGGAUUGAAAUCGUAUAAUGGUUUUCUUGUCGGUUCACACUCGAUAAAAGGUUUGAGGCUGGAUUUGUUUUCGUUGCAGGUACAGAAAUGGAGGAAGAACUUCGAGAUAUGAAAGCACACAAAGCGUACAUCAGCAUGGUUGAUUUCGUUGCAGAAGCGCAACAGGGCAUUCCCAAACUGUGCCCCUGUGGCUCAAUCACGAAGGAAACCGUUGAUGAAGAGGACACUUACGACUACCUCCCUGGGAAAAGAUACUUCAUCUGCAAAGACUUCGAGAAUGACGGACUUCAUUUCAGGCAACCAUGGGUUACGGGUGUGACAGAAGAGGUUGAGAGGCUGAAACUACGGGUUCACGAGCAUGAGAAGCUUCUCAGAGAGUGUGAGGCACUUAAGGUGAGAUUCAAUUGUCAGUUUCAUAAUAAAGUUAGUUGUUUGUACUACAUUUCUAAACCAUUGUUUGGUUUACCUGUUCUCUGUACAGGCACAGGUUGCAAUGCUGGUAAAGCGGGUGACAGAACUUGAGUUACUGCACUAAGGUUAGUCUAACUGAACUUUAUUAGUUACUAUAUAACUCGCUAGUUACUAGUUUUAGUUGUUUGAAUAGAAACGGAUAGGACAGGCACCUGUUUAGUUUGAAAUCUGUACACUUUGCGUUAAUGAACUUGUAGAGUGUGUAGUUAUAAAUGCUUAGCUUAACGACCAUUAAAUUUUCUAUAGCUGUUGUGAUAGGACAGUUUUCUACUUGUAUUGAAUGUAGAAUCCCUUAUUUAAUCUUACUAGUUUCUAGUAGAGAAUCACACAGUUUUAUUCAUACUCUUUACAAACUCCUAAAUGGAAAGCUCCUCUAGUUUUGUUAACCUGUUAACGAGUCAAGGGGCAGUUGACCUUGACUCAUUAGAAACUCCGGCGUUUAGUACCCAAUCUCCGCAGGAGGCAGUGUGUAAUGUUUCAUUUCUUGUACUCUAAACUUGAACCACUCCAUGUAUCAAACGUACGUUUAAGAAUUCUCAACAUUGUCUUUCGCUUGAUAAAGUCUUAAGUCUUCACAUAUCAAGGCUACAAGCCAAAUAUGGGAGAUGAAGUGGAUCGCAGAUUAAAUGCGGCUUUAGAUGAAGCUGUCGAUGAAUAUUUGGAAGAUACAUACAACGACAUCGUAAAGAAGCAAAAAAAGAAAGAGAGAAAACGUGCAUAUGUCGAAAGAAACCGCGAAGAGGGCCAUACCCGUCUAUGAAAUGACUACUUCAGUGAAAAUCCAACAUUUCCGCCUCAUUUAUUCAGACGCCGUUUCCGCAUGAACAAGGACGUUUUCAUGCGUAUUGUCGAUCGUCUCUCAGAAAAUUAUCCUUUCUUCCAACAAAGAAGAGAUGCUGUCGGAAGAUUAGGUCUAUCUCCACUACAAAAGUGUACGGCAGCUCUUCGUAUGCUUGCUUAUGGCUGUGCGGCUGACGCCGUUGACGAAUACCUCAGACUUGGUGAAAGCACGGCACUUUCAUGUUUAACGAAUUUCACAGAAGGGGUAAUUGAUUUAUUUGGAGAAGAGUAUAUGCGAAGACCCACUCCAGAGGAUCUUCAACGACUGCUCGACAUUGGAGAGAUUCGCGGCUUCCCGGGAAUGAUAGGAAGCAUCGAUUGUAUGCAUUGGGAGUGGAAAAAUUGCCCAACCGCUUGGAAAGGACAGUACACCCGUGGAUCAGGAAAGCCAACAAUUGUCUUGGAAGCUGUAGCUUCCCAAGAUCUUUGGAUUUGGCACGCUUUUUUUGGUCCUCCAGUUACCUUAAACGAUAUUAACGUCCUCGAUCGAUCUCCUGUUUUUGAUGACAUUUUACAAGGUCGAGCUCCAAGGGUACAAUACCUGGUAAACGGACACCAAUAUGGUUUGCCUUACUACCUCACAGACGGCAUAUAUCCAAGAUGGUCAACAUUUAUCCAAUCUAUCUCAAACCCUCAAAGUCCUGAAGCACAGUUAUUUGCUAAAGUUCAGGAGUCCACCCGAAAAGAUGUGGAGCGUGCUUUCGGAGUAUUGCAAGCUCGAUUUGCAAUAGUUAAAAACCCGGCUAUUUUGUGGGACAAGACCCAAAUAGGGAUGGUUAUGCGAACAUGUAUCAUACUGCACAAUAUGAUAGUGGAAAAUGAACGCAAUGGAUACAGCGGGUGUGAUAUAUCAGAGUUUGAAGAAGGAGAAUCGAGUAGAAGUUCAGAGGUGGAUAUGUCAUAUACUCGCAGGCCUUCAAAUCUCCGAACUAUGCUUGAAAUACGUACUCAAGUUCGUGACCCACAUACGCAUGAACAAUUGAAGUUUGAUUUGAUCCAAAAUAUUUGGAACAAGUUUGGUAAUGAUGAAAAUGUUUAAUUGUUGUAUGUUUCUAUUUUCUCUUUCAAUAAAUAAAAAUUUUAAAUUUUUUUUUAAAAAAAUUUAUUAAUAAUUUUCUAAGAAUUCCUUAACGGUAACACCAUUGGAGCAAUAUUUGUGAUUAGAGUCCUUGACUAUUCAUAAAAAAAAAAAAUAAUAAUAAUAAUAAACUAAUGUUAAGGACUCCAAUGGUGGGUAACACCAUUGGAGGUGCUCUUAGC